AUGACAUUUUUCGAGCAUUUAUUUCCCAAGUUUUUGGCCGUGACCAUCAUCGCAUGUGUCCCAGUUGUGCAGAUAGGGAUAAUCCACAAAACAAUAUGGGUACCAGACAAACCACAAGUGAACAGAAGCAGUUGUACGUGUGAUUGUUUCGACACGGUAUACAAAGGUUCGUAUGAGAAACCAGGCAAAGUCGGAUACAAACACAUGUAUUUCAAUGCCACAACUCAGAUGUUCAUCAUAUGGAUCAUGGUGCUUGGAAGUGUAAUUAUUUCUUACGAAACCUUCAAACAUCUCUGUGACCUCUACCAAAACAGAAAGCUAAGAUGGCGGAUGUUCUUUCUAUUCAUAGCCGAUGUGUACCCAAAUUACUUCUCUUUAUGGGUAUAUUUCAAUUAUAUAAACGACGGGUACUAUGGACAGUUCAUCCAUCAAUUAUUCUUCACUCUUACGGAACUAUUUUCUACAUGGAAUGUCGUUCAGAUGGUCUCCAUCGACGCCAAGAUAGACUCUUGGAAGAUAAUUGCAAUCAUAACAAUAAGUCUUACUCAUAUUAUUUUGGGAGGAGUUGAUCAGUUCUUCAAACAACUGAUUUUAAUGAAAGAAAGACCUUCACGGAGAAUUCGAAGUUUAAUUUUAGUUAUACCCGACAUUCUACACGUGAUAUUACCUUUACAAGAACUGGCAUCAACCCGUAAUAGGUCGUGGACAGCUGUACUGAAACAAAGGGAAAUUAUCAACAUUUUAGUGGUUGUUUUUAUAGGGUUCAUCAUUGGAAAUUAUUUUUUAAUAGAGGUGUAG